AUGCGGUUUCGCCUCUUCUCCUUUGCCUUGAUCGUCCUGAACUGUAUGGAUUACGGCCACUGCCAAGUCGGCCGCUGGAGACGCGGCAAGAGAGCUAGCUAUGGAUCAAAUCCAAUUUGCAAAGGCUGUUUGUCUUGUUCAAAGGAUAAUGGAUGCAUCAGAUGCCAGCAUAAGUUAUUCUUCUUCUUACGAAGAGAAGGAAUGAGACAGUAUGGUGAAUGCCUGCAUUCCUGCCCAUCAGGAUAUUAUGGACUCCGAACACCAGAUAUGAACAGAUGUUCAAGAUGCAGAAUAGAAAACUGUGACUCCUGCUUCAGCAGAGACUUUUGCACCAAAUGCAAAGCUGGCUUCUACUCCCACAGAGGCCGCUGUUUCAGAGGUUGCCCACCUGGAUUUGCUGCCUUGGAAGAACUCAUGGAAUGUGUGGAAGGCUGUGAAGUUGGUCAGUGGAGUGAAUGGGGAACUUGCAGCAGAAAUAAUAAAACAUGUGGAUUUAAGUGGGGCCUGGAAACGAGAACAAGGCAAAUAGUGAAGAAGCCAGCGAAAGAUACGAUACCAUGCCCAACCAUCGCGGAGUCCAGACGAUGUAAAAUGGCCAUGAGGCAUUGUCCAGGAGGAAGAAGGGCAACAAAAACAAAGGAGAAGAAAAAGAAGAAAAAGAAUUUGAUGGAGAGGGCUCAGAAGCAGCACAGCAUCUUUUUAGCUACAGACAAAACAAGCCAGUAA